UAUAAUACUGUCACCGACAGAGGAACAGCGCACUGAGUCAGCCAUCGCAUCCUCCAACAUCACGCGCAAUCCCAGCCGGACUGGUCAAUGUCAUAGCCGGCUGCUGAGAGCGGCGCACCAUCAUGUCCCGCCUCCUGCUGGCCUACCGCCUCCGCCUCGCACCGGCGCCCGUCUCCUCUCUCCGCCUCCGCGCAAUGUCGUCCGCGAACACGACCUACGAGCACAUCCUCACCUCGCGCCCUGCGGAGGGCGUCGCCCUGAUCACGCUCAACCGGCCCAAGGCCCUCAACGCGCUCUCGACGCCGGUCUUUACGGAGCUCAACGACGCCGUGGCUGCGUUCGACAGGGACGACGCCGUGCGCGCGUUGGUCCUGACGGGGAGCGAGCGUGCGUUCGCCGCGGGCGCGGACAUUAAGGAGAUGAAGGACAAGGAAUACUCUGACGUCUUCAAGAACAAGUUCCUCGAGAGCUGGUCGCUCAUCACGCAGAUCCGCAAGCCCAUCAUCGCGGCGGUCAGCGGCUACGCGCUCGGGGGCGGCUGCGAGCUCGCGAUGAUGUGCGACAUCAUCCUCGCCUCGCCGACCGCCGUCUUCGGCCAGCCCGAAAUUAACAUCGGCGUCGUCCCCGGCGGGGGCGGCACUCAGCGCCUCGCCCGCGCGAUCGGCAAGUCGCGCACGAUGGAGCUCACCCUCACGGGGCGCAACUUCACCGCGGCGGAGGCGGCGGACUGGGGCCUCGUCUCGCGCGUGUCCGAGAACGUCCUCGAGGACGCCAUCGCGGUCGCGGCGACGAUCGCGUCCAAGAGCGCGGUCGCCGUGCAGGCGGGCAAGGAGGCGGUGAACGUCGCGUACGAGACGACCCUCGCGGAGGGCCUCCGCUACGAGCGCCGCAUCUUCCACGGCCUGUUCGCGACGCACGACCAGAAGGAGGGUAUGGCCGCGUUCGCGGAGAAGCGCAAGCCCACUUGGACUCAUUCGUGAGUACGGGAGUCGGGAGCGUGGAGAAAUACAUGUAUUAUAUCUUGUACAACAUCAACUGCUAUCAAACGGAAGUAUACAGCUUG